UUUUAUUUUGAAUUGUAUCUUCCGGGUCUUCUUGUCCAUCAGGGUGUGGAUGAGUUUCAGUCAUUUCUGCCUUCACAGGCUUGCAGCAGGAAUCUGUCAACAGGGAAGUCUCAAGAUGGCCCCGAGUGGACUAAAAGCGAUCGUAAACGAGAAAAUCCUCAGUGGUGUCAUCAAGAGUGUGAAGAAAGAUGGGGAAUGGAAGGUGCUCAUCGUGGAUCACAUCAGCAUGCGGAUUCUGUCCUCUUGCUGUAAAAUGUCUGACAUCAUGGCAGAGGGCAUUACAAUUGUGGAGGACAUUAACAAGCGGAGAGAGCCGAUCCCUAGUCUGGAGGCCAUUUACCUCAUCUCUCCUCUGCCAAAAUCAAUUCAUUCUCUGAUUGGUGAUUUCAAAGACGCAGCCUUCACAUACAAAGCAGCACACAUCUUCUUUACAGACACUUGUCCUGAUGGGCUUUUUGCUGAGCUUGGGAGGUCAAGGGUUGCCAAGGUCAUCAAAACCCUGAAGGAAAUCAAUGUGGCUUUCAUACCAUAUGAGUUGCAGGUGUUUACUCUGGACAACCCCAGUUCCUUCCACACUUUCUACAGUCCAUCUCAGACUAAUCUCGAUGACAGGACCAGGAUGAUGGAGGCCAUGGCCGAGCAGAUCGCCACACUCUGUGACACACUGAAGGAAUACCCAGCCAUCCGCUACCGCCAGGGUCCAAAGGAGAAUUUCACCCUGGCUGAGAUGGUGAUGGACCGUCUGAAUGCACAUAAAGCAGACAAUCCCAGUAUGGGAGAGGGCACGGAUAAAGCUCGCUCCCAGCUGCUUAUAGUGGACCGUGGAUAUGAUCCCAUCUCUCCAAUCCUGCAUGAGCUGACCUUUCAGGCUAUGACCUACGAUCUGCUAGACAUCGAGCAAGACAUUUACAGGUAUCAGACGACAGGGAUCGGAGAGGCUCGAGAGAAGGAAGUGUUGCUGGACGAGGACGAUGAGCUGUGGGUGCAGCUGCGGCACAUGCACAUAGCAGACGUCACCAAGAAGGUGACGGAACUGCUACACACCUUCUGUGAGAGUAAGAGGAUGAACACAGACAAGGCCAACAUCAAAGAUCUGUCUCAGAUGCUGAAGAAGAUGCCGCAGUACCAGAAAGAACUGAGCCUGUACUCCACUCAUCUGAACCUCGCUGAUGCCUGCAUGAAGAAGUUCAAGAACUCAUUAGACAAGCUUUGUGAGGUGGAGCAGGACUUGGCUAUGGGAUCAGAUGCUGAUGGGGAACCAAUCAAAGAUGCUAUGAAGAGUAUCGUUCCUGUCCUGCUCAACACUGAGAUCGAACCCUACGACAAAAUCCGCAUCAUACUGCUGUACAUUUUCCACAAGAAGAAGGGCAUCGGGGAAGAGAACCUCACAAAACUCAUCCAGCACGCAAACGUGCAGCAGGACAAGGACAUCAUCACCAACCUGCAGCACCUGGGCUGCCCCAUCAUUACUGGGGGGGCUAAUGCUGGUAACACUCUGCCUGACAGGAAGGAGCGCACGGAAUCCACAUAUCAGCUCUCCCGGUGGACACCCACCCUUAAAGAUGUGAUGGAGAAUAUCAUUGAUGACAAGUGUGACAGGAAGCAAUGGCCGUUCCUGUCUGAACCCGCCCCCAUCUCCACCACAACCAGUACACCCAGCAGCGCACGGUUUGGACACUGGCACAAGAACAAGUCUCCCACAGAGUACCGCAGCGGCCCGCGCCUCAUCAUCUUUGUGAUUGGCGGCAUGACACAUUCAGAGAUGCGCUGCGCUUAUGAAGUGACCCGGGCCACCGAGGGCAAAUGGGAGGUUCUGAUUGGAUCAACUCACAUUCUUACUCCAACCAACUUUUUGAAUGACCUAAAGAAUUUGGACCAGCCCGCACCCGUUUAGCAGUACAUGACUGAAGAGAUUCAUCCCGCUGAACUCAUGUGAAACCUGAUACUCUGCAGUGAAGUUUCUCUCAAAGGACCAGUAAAAGACGCAUUUAAAUCUUGCUUACUGAUUAUUUGCUCUUUUUUUAUAAAGUAGUCAUUUUAAUUACCCAAGUUAAACUGGUGGUCUAUGUAUGUAUAUAUAUUAAAGCUGUUGAAGAUUGAUGUUUAAUUUAAAAGAAAAAUUAUAUAUAUGUGUGACGAAUGACGAUAUAUGUGAAAUUAUUUGAGGACCUGUUGCCAAAGGCUUAUAAUUGUGCAGAUAAGUGGAUUAAAUCUUGCCUUAAACCAUUUAAAUAUCAGUCCUGUCAAAUUCUGAAGUAAUCUGGACAUCUCUUUAGACCUGCGGACUGGAGCAAAUGAUCACAAUGGAGUUCCACUGUAAACCAGCACAAUGUAGAUUUUUGCUUCUCCUUUAAAGCAAGAUAAGCCUGCUUAUAGUACAGUUGUCUAUUUCUGAUUUCCAGUCAUGUUUUGUUAUAUUUUCUGCCCCUGUGUUGGUGAAGGCAUCAGAGGUUUCCUCUCAGUAUACAGUAGAUGUCUUUUUGUUAUUCAUGCUCUGAACUUGUGCACUUUCUUCUUUUACUGUUACGUUAUCACAUAUAGGUGGAUGUGGUUCACUGGGUAUUUUUGUUUGUUGUCUAUUUUAAUGAUUCUAAAUAAAUUUUGCUUGUACCUCA